AUGUUACCUUUCACAAUCAUGCAGCGUUCUUCAGCAAGGAAGGCUGCUUCAAGUUCCGCCAAAUCGGAUUCGACUGAAGCUCUUAUCCCAGAUAUCACUCGAAGACAAUCAGUCAGGACCAUCAGUCAUCAAGCAGGACCUAGUCAUUCACGAUCACCUCGUCAAAUGACACGGACCAAGAGCUUACCACACUGUUUGAUGACAACCAAUCCGAAUACUAGAAGUAGUCGAUCUGGUCCAAGACAUGUGGUAUUGAAACGUAAAUCUGAUGAACAUUCAGAACGAGAUGGAGUAGUUGAAUCAUCAGAUUGUAGUGAUUCUCGAAAACGAGAAUCGAAUCGGAAAGUGAAAUUCGGAGAUCCUCAUGCCACACCCAUUGGACAUCGAACACGUGCCACCACCACUCAAACUUCAACUCAUUCUAAUCAUUCAAACCCUACGAAACCGAUUAUCGGUAGAUUAACCCGAUCUAAGAGUAAAUCACAUGAUCUUUCUGAACCGGUGGAUCCCAACACUUCACCUAGAAGUGCAAGGAAAUUAAGGAAUGGAAAAGUGAUACGAAAAGAUUUUGGGGAUAAGAAGAUUUGUGGGAGGAGUUCGGGUAGGGAAACAGAAGAAGAUGGAUCGGCUGAUGAUGAAUUGGAGAAUGAAUCUGAGAUUGAACAGGAAGAGGAAGAGGAAGAUCGAGCAGAAGGAUCGGGGGAAGAGAUUGAGGUCGAGGAUGAUGAUGAGAAUGAAGAGGAACAGGAACAGGAAGAGGAACAGGAAGAGGAACAGGAAGAGGAGGAGGAGGAAGAACAAGAGGAAGAAGUAAACUUGGCUGAGGCUACUUCUAAAAGGCUAUUGCGGUUGAAAAGAGAUAACUUGGUGAAACUAUGUGAAGAGCGAGAGUUGGAGGUAGAUGGAACUAAGAAGGAACUUGUACAACAUCUUUUGAAAUGGGUAAGGGAUUUCUUUGUUUCGAGAUUGGGAUUGAGUUUUGAGAGAUUGAAAAGUUGA